AUGGUGUUUGGUAAAUCCUCCUCAAAUUAUUACCAGAAAAUCAACACAGUAGAUUUUGUUUCAUCAUUCCCUUUUUAUCUUAUGCUAAAGGAAAUUGGUAGAGAGGUGGUGACAAAUUAUGAGUCAAUAAGAUGCAAGGACCAUGAGUGCCCAAUCUGCUUCAAUGAUUUCCCAUCAGCCCAAGCUUAUGGUGGUCGCAAGGAGGCUCAUUCUAACAAUGGAUUCUCUGGAAGCAGAGGCAAAGCGACCACGCAGGUUCAACCAGUUUCUAGGCGAUACACAAUCCAACCAGCUGUGGGGCAAUCCCUAUUGAUCCCAAGUCAUUGCAUUCCUAGCAUGCCAGCCUCACCGCCAUUUACUCCCAUAGAAACCACUGAUGUAACCUCACAAGGUCCUGGCAUUAUCAAUCGAGGAGUUUCAGCAACAAACCAACCUAAGACUCCAGGAUUUUGUUGCCAUGUUGGUAACCCAUGUCCAGGCUUUCUAGGUCCUUACACUCACUGGAACAAGUGUGGCCACAUUUCUUCACCACCACAAAUGCUUUCUUGCUCGGAAGCAUCUGCACCAUCCUUUCAGAGAGGUGUAAUUCGGCCACCCAACGGACUUUCUCAGCAGCUCUAUCAGCUUUGGGAAGCACAAUUUGCAGAGAAUGUUGCUUUAUGGGUAGCGACUGGUGUUCUUGAUCAAUCCCGAAUGGCAACAACAAUCAUAGAACCAACCCGUCCAAUCGCCAUCACCAAUCCAAACCCAAGACAACGAGUCUGCUUCUCAUUCGCAGCCUACGCCAAGAACCUCAUUGACCAUCUCAAGAACUCCGACGUAUUCAUCGAACAAGGCCUCAACGACGCUGAAUUCUCCACCAUCGAAUCCACCUUCCACUUCACAUUCCCUCCUGAUCUCCGCUCUAUUCUCCAAGAAGGCCUUCCUAUUGGCCCUGGCUUCCCCAAUUGGCGAGCCUCUUCGACCCAACAACUCGAAAUCCUCAUAAACCUACCGAUUCUGGGUCUGUGCAGAGAAGUCUCGAGAAAUAAUUUUUGGCUAGAAUCUUGGGGUGAGAGACCAAAUGACAUUGAAGAAGCUGUGAAUUUGGCUAAAGGGUUUUUGAAAAAAGCCCCAGUUCUUGUACCGGUUUAUCGGUACUGUUACAUAGCUUCAACGCCGGGUUUGGCUGGAAAUCCCAUUUUCUACGUGCAUGGAUGUGAGAUUAGGUUAUGGAGCUUUGAUCUUGUUGGGUUUUUUCAACAAGUAGAGUUUAAGAUGAAUGAUGGGGUUUUGAGGCGGCAGAGCUUGUCGAACUUGUUGAAUGUACCAGCCUGGGCGGCGACGGAGGCAAGGAGGAUCGAGUUUUGGACUGAAUUUGUGAUGAGAGAGGAGAGGGUGGUGGCGCGUGGGGACACUCGAGGGUGGUGGAGUGGGAAUUUGUGUCUGGGCGGGUGUUUGGAGGAGGCUUGUUGGAGGUUGAGGGAUGGAGGGUGGAAAGAGGAUGAUGUUAGGGAGAUGUUGAUGAUGGACGGUGAUGAUGAGCAUGAUCAUCAUCAUAAUAAGAAACAUGAUCAUCCUGAUAAUAAGGUGUUGAGAGAUAAGGAGGGUGUGGUGUGGCACGAGAGGGUGUUGUCUCUUAGGUUAUUGCGUGCAGGGUGGAGCACAGAAGAUGUGGUGGAGUCUCUCGGAUUCCCAGAUGAUUAUGAGAAUGGUGCUCGUGAUGGAGAGUCGUGGUUUGACUUUCAACACGAAAGCAAUUCUGAUGAUCAAAAGAGCAGUAUGAAUCAGUUGAUGAACUCGCAUUCUAUUGAUGUGUAA